AUGGUCUGCGAUUUCUUCCAUCCCCAAGUCGGCGGCGUCGAGGGCCACAUCUAUAGCCUCAGCGUCGAGCUCAUGAGGCGUGGUCACAAAGUCAUCGUGGUGACGCACCACCGCGACGAGCGCCGAGGUAUUCGCUACCUCGCGCCCGGUCUCAAGGUCUACCACAUCCCAUACGUCUCCAUUGCCUCGUCGGCGACGCUGCCAAACUACCUCCUCUUCUUGCCCUAUAUCCGCACCAUCCUCAUCCGCGAGUCCGUCGACAUUGUGCACGGCCAUGCAACCCUCUCGUCCAUGGCCCAUGAGGCCAUCCACCACGCCCCGCUCCUGGGUGUGCGGACAGUGUUCACCGACCACUCGCUGUUUGGGUUUUCCGACGCAGUUGGCGUGUUGACAAACAAGUUGCUCGCCAGUGUGUUGCGUAACGUCGACGCCGUCAUUUGCGUGUCCAACACCGGCAGGGAGAAUACAAGUCUCCGCGCAGAGAUUGAGGCGGAGCGCGUGAACGUGAUUCCCAACGCGCUGGUGCCGAGCCAGUUCCAGCCAGACCCGAGCAGGGCCAGUAAAGAGAUUACCAUUGUGGUGAUCUCCCGCUUGGUCUACCGCAAGGGUAUUGACCUCCUUAUCGCUUCGGCCCCUACCAUCUGCGACCUGUUCCCCGAGGUCAAGUUCAUCGUUGCCGGCGACGGACCCAAGAUGGUCGACCUCCUGCAGAUGCGCGAAAAGUAUGAACUCGAGGACCGUAUCGAGUUUGUCGGCGCUGUCCGUCCUACAGACGUACGCGAUGUCCUCACCAGCGGCCACAUUUACCUCUCAACCUCCCUGACCGAGGCAUUUGGCACUGCCAUCAUUGAGGCAGCCUGUGCAGGUCUGCUUGUGGUCGCGUCCCGCGUCGGCGGCGUCCCCGAGAUCCUGCCUACUGAAAUGAUCGAGUUUGCUCAUGCAGACGAAGACGACGUGGUGCGCGCUCUCUCCACAGCCAUCAAGACCGUAAAGGCGGGCAAGCACGACCCGCUCAAGGCCCACGCCCGCAUCCGGGACAUGUACUCGUGGGCCCAGGUGGCUGAGCGCACAGAAACGGUGUACGAGCGAGUCAUGAGCACACCCGAGCGCGGGGAGGGCGAGCGGCUGGCAAGGCUGCUGGGACUGGGACCUGUCAUGGGCCUGAUCAUGUGCUUUAUCCGAGGCGUUGAGUGGUGGUUCUUCGUCGUCGUUUGCUGGUUCUGGCCCGCAGACGAAAUUGAUGUGGUCCCAGCUGGUUGGGAUGCCUCGUCGUUUGGUAAAGCGGUUGAGCAGGAGAAACAGAGCAAGGAUUUCAGCCAACCACGCGAUUGA